AUGCGGCUUCAACAAACCAUUGCUGAAAUGUGUGUCCAAGGAACAAAUGGAAUACAUCCUAGCAAAUCUCCAUACAAGGAUAUGCGAACUACAUUAUGGAGGAAGAAUGAUGGUGGCCAGAGUUCUUCUAAGAAUAAUAUUAUACCAAAAAUUUCACUCUAG